AUGGAUCUAGUGUGUGCUCCUCCAGGAUCAGAGUGCGUCUAUAUGCGGCAACCUCAGUAUCCCUGUCAGCCAAAAUUAGUUUGUCCACCGCCGAAGCUGAUAUAUCCGCCACCACAGCUGGUCUGUCCUCCACCGAAACUAGUUUAUCCGCCACCGAAACUAGUUUAUCCACCACCGAAACUAGUCUGUCCACCGCCACAACUGGUGUGUCCUCCGCCUAGACUAGUUUAUCCACCACCCACAUUAGUCUGUCCACCUGCCAGAUGCGUCUGUAUGCUGCCUCAAUGCGUUUGUCCUCCGGCCAGAUGUGUCUGUCCACCACCCAGAUGUACCUGCCCGCCACCUAGACGUAUUAGUCCCCCACCUAAAUAUGCGUGUCCACCACCCAAAUAUAUGUGUCCUCCACCAAAACGUGACUGUCCUCCACCGAAAGGCGGUUGUCCUCCACUGAAAGGCGGCUGUCCUCAACCGAAAGGUGGCUGUCCUCCACCGAAAGGCGGCUGUCCUCCACCAAAAGGUGGCUGUCCUGCGCAAAAACCGGCUUGUCCUCCUGCAAAACUGUUCUGUAUGCCUGAAACACAAUCAACUGAUAUGUUUACAAUUGGAUCAAGCGAUAUGCUAACAACUGGGACAUCUGAUAUGUCAACAUUCCCGACAACUGGCUGCUCCACAUCAUCGUCUCCAAGGCCGAUGCCUAUACCAAAAGACCCCAUCCUAUUAUCUCCACCUGCACCACCAACUCGUAUGGACAAACCAUCAAAAUUUUGUCUUAAUACGACAUCAACUACUGAUGAUUCGUGUUCAUCGAAAUCUGACAGUACUUUCUCACCAAAAACCAUCUGUAUUCCAGCUCCCGAAGCAACCUGCGUUCCUCCACCACCUUCGGUUUGUGUAGCUCCACCACAAGUUAUCUGUGUUCGUCGACCUAAGCUAAUUUGCAUUCCUGAACCAGAACCAAUCUGCAUCAUACCGCAGGAAGUUUGCGUUCCUGCAUAUUACUGUUUAGAUGACGCCCUUUGUUGUUGUUAA